AUGGAUAUGACUACUUGCGUUGGCAGAAGAACUCGCUCGAGGACGGAAUCUUACAUGAACGAUCUUCUGAACCAAUCAAAGGGGAUCUCUGUCGCGGAUCAAUCUAAGAGCAGGAGAACGAGGCAGAAUAAGAGAGCGCUCUUGUACGAUUCUUGUUCUCCGGAGAAGACGAAGCGGCGCCGGAAAAAGAAGAGCGAAGAUGACGACGAUGUCGAGUUCGUCAGAACUAUCUAUCCGAAAGGUAAGCGAGAGAAGGAGAAUGUAGUAGAGGAUAACAAUGCGGUGGUUGCUCCUUGUAUAGAGUCAGAUAGGGUUUGUGAUUUGACUGUGGGUGAGGAGAAACCUCCUGAUGUUGAUGUUGAUGUUGAUGUUGAAUUCGUCAGAACUAUCUAUCCGAAAGGUAACAAAGAUAUAGUAGAGGAUGAUAAUGUAGCUGUGAAUGAUGAGAAUUUGAUUGGUGAGGAGUCUUCUGAUGAUGUUGUUUUUCUCGGAACUUUCCUGAGAGACCAAGAACAUGUUGAUAGGGUUUGUGAUUUGGUUGUGGAUGAUGCUGAUUUGAUGGGUGAGGAGAAUGAGGUUGUGAGUCUUAGUUCUAGUUCUGACGGGGGAGCUUCUAUAGAAGACUUAGGAAUUGAAGUUUUCAGUGAAGAUGGCAAUAGUGUUGAGUCUGACUCAUAUCACCAUUCAGAGGAAAACUCAGAUUCUUCUUACACGGAUAGCUCUGAGGACGACGAGGUUAGUGCCAGAGACACUGCUAGAGUUAGGAAGAAGAGCCCAAGUGAAAGAGUAUAUACUCGGAAGAAGCGGAAGACGAAGAAUGAAGACGAAACAGCAGAGUUUGAUGAUACCAGAGAAGAGACUAUAGUAGGUAAGAAGGGGCAUGAACAGAGGAAACGAAGGAGAUUCCAUAGGGAGAGAAAGAAGAAUCAAUCAAAUGUGGUUGAUCUGUUAGGAGAUUCGUUUUUUGGGGAAGAACCGUGGGUUUCGCCUCCUAUAAACCUGAGAUUUGGCUGUGAGGAGCCUGAGACAGUUAAGAAAACUGAAGAGGAGAAAGAAAUAGAGAGGUUGUGGGAAGAUAUGGCCUUAGCUCUAUCAUUGGAAGGACUACACUCAUCUACUCAUUCUAAAAAUCGAGAUGUGUCAUGCAACAACGGGAAACAUGAUUUCGUCCUUGAUGAGGAAAUUGGUCUGAAAUGCCGCUUCUGUUCUUAUGUCUCCGUCGAGAUGAGAGAUGUCUCACCUGCCAUGGACAAGUAUCGCGCUUAUGUUUACGAAAAAAAGACAUGUCGCAGCAAAAAGAAUGACCAUUUACUUGACAGCCUUGAUACGGAAGCGUCAGGCCACAACAGCAAUGUGGCGUCUUUGAAAAAUGUAAAGGGAACUGUGUGGGAAUACAUCCCUGGCAUCAAAGAUAAUCUUUACCCACACCAACAAGAAGGCUUUGAGUUUAUGUGGAAGAACUUAGCUGGGACAACUAAACUUGACGAGCUGAAAAGCUCAGUGGUUAAAGAAAGUGGCGGAUGCAUUAUUUCUCAUUCCCCUGGAACUGGUAAGACGCGUUUGACCAUCGUGUUUCUUCAGUCAUACUUAGAACAGUUUCCAGAUAGCCAUCCUGUGGUCAUAGCUCCUGCAAGUUUAAUGCUUACAUGGGAAGAAGAGUUCAAGAAAUGGAAUUCAAACAUUCCGUUUUAUAACAUGAAUAGUCAAGAGCUGUCAGGGCAAGAGAACCAAUCAGAUGUUUCACGUCUAAAGGGGAAUAGACACAAUCGGAGCAACAAGGAUUAUGUCCGUAUGGUCAAGCUAUGUUCUUGGAGGAAAAAGAAGAGCGUUCUUGGAAUCAGUUACAGUCUCUAUGAGAAGCUCGCUGGGACUAAAGGCGCCGCGAAAACGCAAAAGUUAAGGAAGAUGUUGCUAGACUUGCCGGGGCUGCUGGUCCUUGACGAAGGCCACACUCCAAGGAACCAGAAUAGUCUCAUCUGGAAACUGCUCACAAAAGUGAAAACGGAGAAGCGUAUCAUUCUUUCAGGGACACCUUUCCAGAACAAUUUCAAGGAGCUUUCUAACGUCUUGUGCCUGACGAGACCAGCUUAUGCAGAUAAGAUAUCUUCUAGGCUCCAUGAUCUUACAAGGCUGACCCAAGAAGGAAAGUAUGAAGAGAUUGGAAUCGUGGAGCUUAAAGAUAUGAUUGCUCCUUUUGUCCAUGUCCAUAAAGGAAACAUCCUUCGAGAGAGCCUUCCAGGUCUAAGAGGCUGUGUUGUGGUGUUGAACGCUCCUUUUCUACAGGAGAAAAUCCUCACUAGAAUCGACCAUCCUCAAAGUACAUUUGAGAUUGAGCACAAGCUUUCAUCUGUUUCGCUACACCCAUCUCUGUAUCUGCGCUACAAGCAGACAAAACAGGAGCAGUUAACCAUUGGGCCACUAGUACUGAAAAACCUGGAGAGCCUUACACUUGACUCAAAGGAAGGUGCGAAAACGAGGUUCUUGAUCGACUUCAUCCGGCUCAGUGAAACAUUGAAAGAGAAAGUCUUAGUGUUUAGCCAAUACCUAGACACUCUAGAACUGAUCAGAGACCAGCUCAGUGCAGUGUUUGGCUGGAGUGAAGGAGAAGAGAUUCUAUAUAUGCAUGGAGCACUCCAACAAAAAUUCAGACAGCGUCUGAUCAACAACUUCAACAAACCAGACAGCAAAUCUAAAGUGCUACUAGCAUCAACAGGAGCGUGUUCCGAAGGUAUUAAUCUUGUCGGAGCUUCGAGAGUUGUGCUCCUUGAUGUUGUUUGGAACCCUUCUGUUGAGAGGCAAGCCAUAAGUCGAGCUUAUAGGAUUGGUCAGAAGAAGGUCGUGUACACUUACCAUCUCAUGGUUAAAGGCACAACUGAGUGGGACAAGUAUUGUAAGCAAAACGAGAAACAUCGCAUAUCUGAAAUGGUCUUCUCUUCUACCAACGAGAAGGAUAAGCUGGUCGAAAACGAAGUUGGCUCUGAAGAUAAAAUUCUUGACGAGAUGAUUCGCCAUGAGAAGCUGAAAGACAUGUUUGGGAAGAUACUUUAUCGCAAAAAGGAAUCUGACAUGUUUACAGACAUCCUCUGA